AUGUCAUCACCAGAUUACCAAGCCAUUAAUAGUGGUGCGAACGAUGGUGCCAUUAUCAACAAUGAUAGCAGUAGAUUGGAAGAUAUAAACGAUGACGAUGAAGAACAAGAGAGAUUGUAUCUUUCAACAGAUUCAUCAUGUCCUACUUCUGCAGAGUUAAUGUCGGUAACAACCAACUUGCCAGAGGUAGACAACAAGAUCCAACUGAUGAGCGACUCUGACAGUAUCGGAUCACCAAACUCACAGACUCCACUCACAACCGCCACAACCUCGAGAAGAAAACAAAUAAAAUCAGACAUCAACGAAACAUUAACAAAGAUAAAAUCAAUCAACAAAGAAGAUUUGAAAUUAGACACUGGAAAAUAUAUUAAAAGUAUUGUAUAUGGUGGAAUGGAUGGUUUGGUAAGUAUUUUUGUGAGUGUGGCUGUGGUUGCCACUGGACAGGCAUCGAUUGGUUUGCUACUGUCAAUCGCAUUCGCCAAGUUGGUGGCCGGUGCCAUUUCUAUGGGUAUGGGAGACUACCUUGGAACUCAGGCGGAUGUCGACUUUGCCAAGGGUGAACGCCAGCGUGAGUCGUGGGAGGUAGAGUACUAUCCAGAGGGCGAGAAGAAGGAGAUGGUCGAAAUCUAUGUAUCCAAGGGAAUACCACUGGAGAUUGCUACUGAGGUAGUGGAUAUUCUCGCCAAGAAUCAAAAGGGAUUCGUCGAUAUCAUGAUGGUCGAGGAGCUCGGUAUCAUGCCGGACACCGAGAACGAAGUCGCCUGGAAGAAUGGUCUCGUCAACUUUGUGUCGUUCCUCAUCUUUGGAAUCAUCCCGAUGUUGCCAUACUUUGUGUUGUUGAUCGUCGCCAAGACCGACGGACUCAACUUGGAGCACGGAAACAACCCAACAUUCUACACUGUCAUUGCACUCACCGUUGUAACACUCUUCCUCAUGGGUGUCUUCCAAGCAAAGACAACCGACUCCAACUGGAUCAAAAAAGGUUUAAUCACUGUAAUUCUCGGUGUAAUUGGUGCAUUCUCUGGUUAUAUCACCGUGGAGAUCGUUAGAUUGAUAGAUCCAACCAUCGACAUUAAUUAA